AAGUCUAUUAUCAAUCGGUCAAGAACGUUUGUCGAAGUUGAACGCGUUGAAAAUGCGCGCGCGCGUAAAAUCUUAAAAUUGAAUUCAAAAUAAAAAUCUUAUCCAUCUACAUAGUAUACAUAAAGCAACUUGUGUUUAGCAAUAAAGUUACCAAUAAAAGGUUAACAAACAAAAACAGCAACAAAUAGCAAAAGUACAGUGCAAAAUCAAUGGCAAUAAAUGUAAUUUCGUGAUUUCAAGAAACAAGAAAAAAAAUACACAUAUAAAAAAGUGUUGAUUGAUUUUCAGUGCAUUUUUGCAGACAGAUUGUAUAGCAGAAAGCGAAAAUUUCAAUCUUUAUUCAAAUAUAUGUACGCAUACAUACUGUACAUACACGUGUACAUACAUGCAAAGACAGGUUUAAUAAGUGCAAAAUUUGUUAAAUAAAAAACCCAAAAAAAAAGUCGCGACAAAACAACGAUAACAACUACAUUUAGAAGCAGACGAAAACAGCUGUAUGUAGGAAGUGCUUGAAAAACUACCAAAAAUAAAUCCAAAUAUUAAACUUCAUUGAAAAAAAAAAAUCUGAAGACCAGCAGAGAAACCGCAUUAAUUUCAACUUUUUUUUUUUGCGGAAUUUCUCAUCAAAUUCUUCAAUCAGCAAGACAGCAGCAUUGUACCAUAAGAGGAUAAAAAGUUUCUUGUGGUUCACUUCAGUUUUGCACGCAUUUUUGCGUGACUUCAUUUCGAGCGUCCAGAACUUUCAUGCUGUCGUUGGUGGCUGAAGAGAAGAUUGCGUAAGAGAAGCCAAAGCGAGAGGCGAUUAAAGAAAAGGCCGGCAGGCCUUCAAACCACGCGAAGACAGACCUUUUUGUUCGAUCGUGCGGUGUGGCAGAAAAGAUAGACGAACACUUGUAGGCGUUUAUUUUCAACCACGCGCCGUGGUGUCGGCGCCACCGCCACCGACACUGCCACCAUAAACACCCAACAAUUGCCAACAACAAAGGCGAGCAAUUGUUUGCCAUAUAACAUCUGUACAUAUCGAUUAUCAGCCGAGUACCAGCGUGUACCGCUUGAAAUCGGCUAGAAGUCAGUUAGUGCAUCACCCGCCUGCAGAUAACAGCGCGCACACGUGCGGCAACAGCAACAGCAACAGCAGCAGCAGCAGCAGCUUAGUGACCGCAAUCUAUGCACCAGCUGCCGCCAGCUUAUCAGCAGACUUGUCAUAAAAUGACCGAGAAUCAAAUAUUUUCCAUGUCGACCGAUCUAUUCGACACCUCGUCCAACAGCAGCAAUCCACUCAAGUGUGAUCUCUUCUCGUUGGCCCUGAGCAACAGCAACAGUUCAAGUUUACUAUUCGGCACAUCAGCGCUGCCCGCACUUAGCCCACUGCAGCAGCUGAAUGUGAAUACGGUUUUCAAUUGCAAUUCCAAUUCCAGUCCCAAUUCCAAUUCCAAUUCCAAUUAUCUUUCGAAUACGAAUUCGAACGCGAAUACACCCAACGACCAACAGCAACAGCAGCACAUUUACGGCAACAGCAAUAAUAGCGUGAGUAGCGCUGGCAGCGGUAGUGGCGGCAGCAUCAAUUGUAGCAGUAAUGUGAUGCUGACCAACGCCAUUAGUAUACCGCGCAGUAAUAAUCCCAAUCAAAGCCAUAAUCCUUGGGCGCAAGAACGCGAUUCGCAUCCUCAUCCCAGUCCGAGUCCUUUGCAUCAUCCACUCAACACACACCAGCAUCAUCACCAACUUUCUGUCAUGAUGUCGACACAACAAAAUAAUCAACAGCAACAACAGCAGCAGCAGCAACAGCAGCAACAACAACAACAACAGCAGUCGUUGCAACAGUCACAGCCUCGACUUUUCGUCGAUUUCUCUGAUUAUGGCUUGGAUGUGGCCUCCUUGGAUGCUGCUUCGCUUUCGCCGACACUGCUGCAGGAUGUCAGCCUAGGCGCCGCUUCGCCACUGCACUGCAUCGCAACGAAUGGCAAUCUUUCGUCAUCGUUCUAUGCGCCAGAUGCUUCACCAGUCAGCAACAGCGGCAGCAAUAGCAUUGUGGGUAGCGUUGGUACCGCUGACUCUGCCAGCACGUUGCUGGGCUUGAACGACAGCAUACGCUCUGGUGAGGAUGCCAACAACUCUUUGCUCUUCGACGUCACUGGCACACCCAAUUCCAGUGCGAUGUGGAGUGAUAUUAGCAAUGCGAUCAUCACCAAGCAUGAACCUUUCACGCUGGAGGAUGACUACAUAUUUCCCAUUGAUAAGGCUGAGAUACAGGCUGCUGGAUUUGGUGAUAUACCAGAUGAGACUUUUCUUGAUGGCAUUGAUAAUUUCGAUGAACUUUUGCCGGGUGCCAUAAGCGGUGGCAGCCAGAAUGAUUUCAUUCUAUCACCUCAGCCAAAUAAUAGCUCUAAUAAUUUACAACAAAUGGCUAGCCCACAGGCUUCACCAAGCGGUGGGCCACCAAUGGAAUUGUUGCAGUUGCAUAAGCAGCAGCAGCAACAGCAACAACAACACCACCAACGCCAGCAGCAAUUGACUCAGUUGCAAACGGUGCAACAGCAACAGCAGCAGCAGCAGCAACAACAACAACAGCCACGACUACAGCACAGCAAUAGCGCUGGCGGUGCCAUACAUACACACCACAACCACCAUAACUCAUCUAGUCCAUAUGAAAUCUAUCACAGCACACCAAAUAAGCAGCAGCAGCAACAACAACAUCAGUUGAGCAGUUCUGGCUCGAACUCAUUCUCGCCGGUUAGUCAGCCCUCGCAUUCGCCACUUCAACUGAAUUCCAUUACGCCACCACCACCGCCGCAUGCCAAUCGCUCACAAUAUCAGCAAGUUAAAUCGCGCAACAUGUUGGAAUUGCAAAAGAAGGGAUUCUCCAUGUCGCCCGAUCGUGUUAGCAGCAAUGGCAGCAGCGUUGGUCUGUUAGGCCAAUCGGUACCGGGCAACACUCAUUUGCUUAUGUCACGCAAUGCGCUUAGUCCCAGCAGUGGUGGCAGUAGCAGCGGCUUUGGUAGCACCAUUGGCGGCGGGGGCGGCGGCGGCGGCGGCAGCAGCACCGUUGGCUCAGUGCACAAGUCGUUCCAUUAUCAAGGUGAUACAUCCAUAUCGCGUCUAUCUUCAUCGGCGCCCACACAUCUCGGACUCGAACACAUUUGGAAGCGACGUGAACCGCGACAACAUUUGUUGUCCACUGGCUCGCUGGUCGAGGCUGAAUCAUUCUCGUCGCUGAGUACCGGCAGUGUUUUGUCGCCGGAUGGCAUUGAUUUCUCGCAGGACGAUGACGACGAUGCAUCGACUGACUAUAAUAGCGAUAACUAUGAUGAUUUGUCGAGCGAUGGCUCCGAUAAUGAGGACGAUUCGCGCACCACAAUCGGACAUUUGUCGAGCGGCAAAGGCAAGGAGCGCUACUUUUGGCAGUAUAAUGUGCAGGCGAAAGGACCGAAAGGCAAACGGCUCGUAUUUCAGUCGCGUCUGGAGGAUCCGCACGUCUUGAACGAGGCCACCGAUCCGGUGUUUAGCCCCAAUUGUUCCGUGCGUGGUAUCAAGGUAUUCAAACACAGCGGCAAAGCGCGCAAAGGUGAUGGCAAUGAUCUCACACCAAAUCCACGUAAACUACAUAUUAUCGGCAAAGAGUUGGAUAAGCUGAGUCGCACCAUCAACGAUAUGACACCGGUAUCGGAAUUGCCUUUCAAUGUGCGCCCCAAAUCGCGCAAGGAGAAAAAUAAAUUAGCCUCACGCGCUUGCCGGCUCAAGAAGAAGGCCCAGCAUGAGGCGAAUAAAAUAAAACUUUUUGGACUAGAAAUUGAACACAAACGUUUAAUUAAUGGCAUUUUCGAACUGAAACAAGCUCUGGCGCUCAAAUACCAAAAUAAAAAUAAUGGCGAAAACAACGAAGCGAUUGAUCAGCGCAUCGAACAGAUCUACAAAACGGCACAAACUGGCCUUCGUAUAGCUGGUGAUACUACAGACUUUGUUAACAAAGUGCUGGAGAAUGUGAAAGGCGGUAUACCAAAUGGCGGACUAGAGGAUCUAAGGCAUUCAUAGAAUCGCGGCAAAAGAGGAAAUAUGAAUGGGAGAUGUGAAUAGCUUUUAAGGAUAAAAAUUGGAGGCUCAAAAGUGAAAAUGAAAAGAGAAGUGAAAGGAGAGAAUACAAAUGAAGAAUGCGUGAUGGAACGUGUAAUAGAGGAGUAAUCAGCAAAAAUGAGGAAAUGUGUGGCUGCCAAAAGUGGGAUGAUAAAAAGAGAGAUGCGAGGGGCAAGAGGAGUAAAAUGAAAAAUCUGAAGCAGAAGUAUUUGGUUAAAACAAGCGUACUGUACCGAAAUGAGCUAUGGAAAGUUGUAUUUCUUGUUUUUUUUUUUAAGCGAAAACACUUGAAAACGAAUUAAGGUUUGCGGGAGUAAAGGAAACUGGAACAGAAAUUGAAAAAAUGUUGCGGGCUCAUUUUUAUAUUGAUGCUAAAAAGCACUAUUUGUUUAAAGCCCGAAAAUGAGGAAACAAUACAUUGUAAAACGUUAACGAAAGAGGCCACAGGUUAUGUUUUUCUUUAGCUCUUAAGUGAUAAUGUUAUUUGAGUGAAAGGAAAUGAUGUUAAAAUGUUGACGGGGAGAAUAAAAGGAACUGUUGUUGUUGCUGUUUCGAUGAGGUUGGAUAAUGAACAAUGAGCUACCAGUUUUACCUGCCUAUUUUAUAAGGACUUUAAUAAAUAUAUUUUUUUGUGCUUCAAAAAUAUGGAGAAACGCUAUAUUUAUACAUACAUAUAAUUAUAUAAAAACCUAAUAUAUUUGCAUAAACAUAUAAUUAAUAACUGUUAUAUACGCUAUAAACAUGAUUAUAGUAAUUUAGGGAAACAAAAAUGAAUUGUUGCUAUCGAUGUGUGUGAAAAAGCAAGAGAAUUUUGAAUAAAAAAUAAAAACAAAAAAUACUAAAAUAUGUGCUGGUGUAUAUUUAAGCAUUUAGUUAUUAAUAAAUACUUGUCGAGCAGGAA